AUGCACGCUGAAAUUCGACUUUCCAGCUCCGCGUUGGUGAAAUUUGGGGUGUGGGGUGAACGUUGGCCCACAACAUCCCAAUCAGCAUACAGUUCGUCAUCCGGCACGGCCAUGCCUGGAUUAUUAGUCGACUGGCUAGCACCCAGGGCUUGGUUUGCCUUGAUCUGCUCCAUGUUCUGGUUCUGCCGUCGUUCCAUGCGUGUUGCGAACGCAGCCACGGCCUCCGUGAGACUGGUCUGGUCCCGAAUCAGCGUGUGCAGUGUUUGCUCCAGCGCUUCCAGGUUGUCCAGUACAAGUCGUAGCCUGCCAAUCUCGCCCGCGUCGAGUGGUCGGUUGUCCUCUGCUCCGCCGUUCUCGCCCACGUUGGCCGGUUGGUUGGCUUCUGCCGCGUCGAUCUCGUUGCCGACAUCGCUCAUGCUAGCGCCUUCCACUUCAAGGUCUACUAUGUUGCAAAUAUGGUGA